CCUUUUAUUUUUUUCCACAACACAAAAAAACUAAAAAAUAAAAUUUAAAAAAAAAAAGAAAAAAGGAAAAACACGUGAGGGGUAGACCCCGACCUAAGCUAGGGUUUCCAAACCAAUCACCCCUUCCUUCUCCGUGAUCGUGAAAAUGUUUGGUCGCUUCCCUCCUACAUUUUGAUAUUUUAGCAUGUACUUCAUUUUGUUCGAUCUAUUUCUUGCUCCGAGCAUGAAAUGUGUACAUCAACUGCAAAAUGCUAAUGAUAUUGUUUAGCUUUUUCUAAAUUUAGAAUAAAAGAUGGCAGAUGCUGAGGAUAUUCAGCCUCUUGUGUGCGACAAUGGAACUGGGAUGGUCAAGGCUGGGUUUGCUGGAGAUGAUGCUCCGAGAGCUGUUUUCCCUAGUAUCGUGGGUCGUCCACGUCACACUGGUGUGAUGGUUGGCAUGGGACAGAAAGAUGCAUAUGUCGGGGAUGAGGCUCAGUCAAAGCGUGGUAUUUUGACUUUGAAAUACCCUAUAGAGCAUGGUAUUGUCAAUAACUGGGAUGACAUGGAGAAGAUUUGGCACCACACUUUCUACAAUGAGCUCCGCGUAGCCCCUGAAGAGCACCCAGUUUUACUUACUGAGGCGCCCCUCAACCCUAAAGCUAAUCGUGAGAAGAUGACUCAAAUCAUGUUUGAGACAUUCAAUGCUCCUGCUAUGUAUGUUGCUAUUCAGGCUGUUCUCUCUCUCUAUGCUAGUGGUCGCACCACAGGUAUUGUGCUUGACUCUGGGGAUGGUGUCAGCCAUACAGUCCCCAUCUACGAAGGGUAUGCCCUUCCACAUGCGAUCCUUCGUCUAGAUUUGGCUGGCCGUGACCUCACUGAUGCAAUGAUGAAGAUCCUCACAGAGCGUGGGUAUUCUUUUACCACAACUGCUGAACGUGAAAUUGUGAGAGACAUGAAAGAGAAGCUUGCCUACAUUGCCCUUGACUACGAACAGGAGCUAGAGACCUCAAAGACCAGCUCCUCUGUGGAGAAGAGCUAUGAGCUGCCUGAUGGACAGGUUAUCACCAUUGGAGCUGAGAGAUUCCGUUGCCCAGAAGUACUCUUCCAGCCGUCGAUGAUUGGAAUGGAAGCUGCGGGAAUUCAUGAGACCACAUACAACUCUAUAAUGAAGUGUGAUGUGGAUAUCAGGAAGGAUUUAUAUGGUAAUAUUGUUCUCAGUGGUGGUUCCACCAUGUUCACGGGUAUUGCUGAUAGAAUGAGCAAGGAAAUUACAGCUCUGGCUCCAAGCAGUAUGAAGAUAAAGGUGGUGGCUCCUCCAGAAAGGAAGUAUAGUGUCUGGAUUGGAGGUUCCAUCUUGGCAUCCCUCAGCACUUUCCAGCAGAUGUGGAUCGCUAAGGCAGAGUAUGAUGAGUCUGGCCCAUCGAUCGUGCAUAGGAAAUGCUUCUAAUUUUGUGAGACUGGAAAGGUGUGACUGGAGGAAAUAGAAUGCUCGCAUCAUAUUGUGGGAUGUUGGGUCUGCAUUCUUUUCUGUUCUUUUCUUAUCUAUUUGUUGUAGCUUAUUAAGAAACAAAAUCUUUGGUCUGUCCAUUCAUUAUUAUUUGGUUUCCUUUGCAAAGAUGUUGAACUUGUAGCAUUCUGAAAUUUCUACU